CGCAUUUAAACUUUAGGCUGGGACUUUAAGCACCGUCCUCGUAGAGAGGUGGCCCUCGCAUUACGGAAACAAUGACUGCGAUCAGUACACCUGUUACUCUGAAUCGUUAGCAACGCACUUGGCGCCGUUAUAUUUUGGGGUCAGAAUAGUUGAAAUUUAUAGCUUUACAGAAGUGAGAUGAAGUGGAGAGUGCUGGCACUUGUUUUCAUUUGCCUCAUCGUGCUUGUAACCGCUAGGAGGCACCGCAGGCCCCGGCUUUGCGGACGGAACGAGAGGCCCACGAGGUUCAUGCCUCGAAGAGAGCGGUUCUGCAGCCCUCGAAUCACGAGGCCCUCGUUGCUGAGGGCGCGGCGGUGGUGUGUCUGCAAGCGCGGAUUCGUCCGCAACGCCUGGGGCCAGUGCAUCAGGCACCAGGACUGCGACAGCUGCAAGGAGUUGCCGCACAUGGACUUCAACGUGUGUGAGACGGACUGCCCGCUGACCUGCGGCAAGCCGAUCCCGUUCUUCUGUUUCGUGCACUGCGUUCGCGGUUGUGCAUGUCCUCCAGGAUUCGUGAUCGAUCCCAGGACAAUCAGGAAGGGGUGCGUGUCGGCCAAGAAGUGUCCUCCUAUGUGCCCGAAACACUCAAGUUACAAGCAGUGUGUCUCCAGUUGCGAGCCAAGGUGCGACGUACUGCGGCCCAAACACUGCAUCACGCAGUGUCAGGCCGGCGACUGCGUUUGCAACAAAGGUUUUGCAAAGCUAUACGAAGGAGGCCUCAUGCGCUGCGUGCCGACGUUUAUGUGCCCCAAGCGAUACCAGGACUUCUACGGGAAAAUUUAUUUUGUGAACAUAGGGCGUUAGCCAAUAUCCAGCCUUUGUAAGCAUAGUGUUCCCUACAACAUUUUCUAGAGGGAAGUGUGGCGCUGCCAUCGUUCAGUCAUUAUGGGAAUUAUGAGGUAGUACAUGAAUUUGCCUAGUCUUCGUGCUCGCGGCUUCGUAUGCUCCUGUGGCUUUGUUUAUUGUUCUGCAUUGACUUUUGUUUCCGACGAAAGAACGGCUCGUUGUGAACCUCGUGAGCUGAUUUGAAUUGGUCAGCCAAAAAGGGCCAUGGUGGUGAAGUGGGAAUGCUGACUUUUAUCUUGCGACAAAGCGGCUGCAGGCCUUACAGAGUCCGACGGAGCCGAAAUAAUACAGUUUAGGCCAAUCCAUGUACAAGCCAUUCUUCCUAUGCUGGCUCAAGCGUCAUGCAUUUCAGCUCCUAUAGACUUUUUGUACUUUAAGCGUUAUGAAUAACUG